UGUGUGUCGAAGGCUGCUCUGCUCCUGCGAUCGGUAUCACACCGUGAAGAACGUUUUUCCUGCAAUGGACGGCAUUGCAAGUGAUGUUGCAGUUGGUGUGAAGAGAAGCUCAGAUGAAUUGCUGUCUGGCAGUCUGUACAACAGUCCAAAUUCUUCAGUCACUGCUAAUGGAAGUGACAGUAAGAAACUAAGGGUGGAGGACAGCAUGGAUAGCCCACCAUCCAGAGUCAUUCAUAUCCGGAAACUCCCCAAUGAGGUUUCUGAGACUGAGGUCAUCGCCCUGGGUUUGCCCUUUGGAAAGGUCACUAAUAUCCUGAUGCUUAAAGGCAAAAAUCAGGCAUUUUUGGAGCUAGGAACAGAGGAAGCAGCUGUUACUAUGGUGAACUACUACACAGCUGUUACACCUCAAGUGCGUAAUGUCCCAGUGUUCAUUCAGUACUCCAACCACAAAGAGCUCAAGACUGACAGUGCGCUCAACCAGCGAGCUCAGGCCGUGCUGCAGGCGGUGUCCGCGGUCCAGGAGGGUGGCUCUCCAAGCUCGGUCGCAGGCGAGAGUGUGUUAACGCCUGCUCCCAGCCCAGUACUGCGAAUAAUCAUCGACAACAUGUUCUACCCAGUCACCCUGGACGUCCUCCAACAGAUCUUCUCUAAGUUUGGGACUGUCAUGAAGAUAAUCACAUUUACCAAAAAUAAUCAGUUCCAGGCUCUUCUGCAGUUCAGUGACCCAGUGAAUGCCCAGCAGGCCAAACUGUCCUUGGAUGGUCAGAACAUAUACAACUCCUGCUGCACUUUGCGUAUCGACUUCUCCAAGCUGGUCAACCUGAACGUAAAAUACAACAAUGACAAAAGCCGGGAUUAUACCCGGCCCGAGCUGCCCGCAGGAGAUGGUCAACCACCCGUGGACCCGUCUGUGGCCGCCACUCUCAGCAAAGAUUCCACCUCCCUGCUCGGUACUCCCUCUGGAAUGGCAACUUCCUACUCUAGUGGUGGAGGGUUUCCAUCUUCUCUAGGGGCCAUCAGCCCUCUGAGUGCAGCGGCGGCGGCGGCGGCAGCAGCAGGGAGGGUGGCGUUGUCUGGACAUUCGGGACCUGGCGGAGUGCUCCUGGUCAGCAACCUCAACGAAGAGGUCCGUACACCCCAACAAAACACACACACACACACACACAAACAUAUCCCUGCUCUCUCUGUUCACAGUCUUUUCAUUAUGUCAGUCAGGUCACCAGUACACUGUAUGUCCCAGGUUGUAUAUGUUCAGUCCUCAUCUGUUAAAGAUCAUUUUAUAGUUUGAGGGGCCUUAACAUAACCUUCAUGACAUUUAGCAGCAGAGUAGCGUUAACAUACUUGAAAUGUUGUUGUGUUGUGAGAGUAGAACUAAAGAAGAGAGUAGAAUAAAGAAGAAUUCUUGGGGAUGU